AGACGAGCAAGGUUGCGACGACCGGAGGGAAAUGGGGGAAGAGCUGGAUGAUGAGCGGGAAAUCCUGAAGCAAGUUUUUGGCGAUUCUUCUGAAGAUGAAGACUGUGAAGAUCAAACUGUAAUAGGAGAUUCAGCAUAUGAAGGGGGCCACAUUCGUAGAUGGGAGCAAGCCAAGGAAAUCAAAGGUUUAUGGCUGUGCAGAAGCUUCCUCUCUCCCCAACAAGAAUCAUCGCUACUCUCUGCAAUCCGAAACGAAGGGUGGUUCAUGGAAGCCUCUCAAAAUCAGGCCAUGAGGUUUGGAAACCUUCCAACAUGGGCUGCUGAACUUUCAGAUUCCAUUCAUGAGGCAGUGCUUUCAAGUAACCACAUGACAGAUCCUUUGAUUGUAGACCGCCAUAAUGGAGUUAAGAUUGAUUGUCCUCUUCCUUCAGAUAUUUUGUGGAGAGAACCACUCUUUGAUCAAAUGAUAGCUAACAUGUAUCAACCAGGUGAGGGGAUCUGUGCACAUGUUGACCUGAUGCGCUUUGAAGAUGGAAUUGCCAUUGUCUCACUCGAGUCACCGUGCGUGAUGCAUUUUACUCGAGUUGAUGAAACUUCCUGUGAUCCUACUAGCAAGGGAGAAGUCGAUGUAUCGAUGUCAAAAGUGCCCAUAUACCUAAACCCAGGAUCGGUUGUUUUAUUGUGGGGUGAAGCUCGGUACCUCUGGAAGCAUGAGAUAAAUCGUAAGCCGGGGUUUCAAAUGUGGGAAGGCCAGGAACUCACUCAGGGGAGGCGAACUUCCAUCACACUGAGAAAGCUCUGUCAAGUUGAUUAAGGAGUUAACAGUUGGGCGUUGCAUUUUGUUCCAUGUUCGUUCUUUGUUGUGUUGCAUGAAUGAGUUAGCAGAACGUGGCUCGGAACGAUUAGUCGCUAUAUGACAAGGUAUCUUCAGUUCACUCUCGAUUAGGUUUUACAUCGAGCAAUUGUUUGGUUCAUUGUUUAUAGAAUCAGUCUGCAGUAAUCAGUAUUCUGGAAUAAACUUGAAAGAUUUUGUGAUUAAUGCCUAAUGAUUAUAUGUUGAUCACAAAAGGGGGGGAGGAAAGGAGGGAUAAGUGUACUAAUUACUUCCAUGACUUAGGAUCGGGACAAAGCUAUGCUAAAAAACGUGUUGUUCUCAUCACUUGCCUUCGUAAAUCUGAAACCUCCUUUGCCCUCAAAAUGUGUUGAGGCACAACAUGAGGUACCAGAUUGACAAGCAAAUUUUGAACGCUACAUAUGAUUUCAAAAUAACAUGAGUCAGGGACAGUUAAUGAGAUGAUGAGGACAAACUUUUUCAUUGGAGAAAGGUAAGUCUUGACUCACCAACUAUUUCUCCUAAAUGACCAUUCAAUCAUCACUUUGCUUCAAACAUUUGAAACGUCCUCUGCCUUGAAAGAUGAAUGGAUGAAGUUAAGAACUUUAAUUGUGAAGCAUGACACACCAUAAGAAAAAAGUACUUCACAAGAUCGCAAAAGAAAAUGUAAAGUUGACGGUCGAUCAGGUAGCCAAAAGACAUACAUUAAUAAGGGUAUAUGGUCGGAAGGAAGCCCGUAGAAAUGUUGAGUUGGAGGUAGGACAAAUAUUUUUGGGCAAGAGGAAAUUGACCAUGAAAUUAUGGGUCGUGGUAAUAAAAAAGAACAUAAAAUUUAGAAUAAAAAGUAUACUUUAUGUUAAUUGUGUUGAUGAGAAUUGUGUAUAGAGACUACAAACAUAUUCACUCGAUAUCUUGAUUCAGGGAGAAUCGUUACAAUCUAUGUGAUACAGAAGACACGAGAUAAGAUUAUGGUAUAAUCUGUGUCGUGCUGUAUAAGGUCUCAUAUCGAUGAAAACAGUGUCCCUCGGUUCUAUAUUCAUAGUCUUCUUCUUACUUAGUCAAUAUAGGACUUCAACAAUCCUUCCCUCAAAUAGCCAUCUAUCAAUGUCGGUUUACUAACUACCAUAAAUCUCUACCCUGAGUUCACCUUUGACAUAACUAAGUUAGUGAUGAGCGUUUAACCAAAGCAAGUUUCUUGAGCCUUUAUUGAAGUGCUUUAUGAGGAUAGAAAGCAUUUAGCACAGUCAAUACUUAGAAUAGAAAUUUAAAAAGCAAUCCAGUUUGAGAAGACAAAGUGCAUGUCCCACCAUAUAUAUCAAUUGGUAAUGCUCUUUUGUAUUUCCCAAAGCAAUGAAAUCACACCCAAAUGGCUCCCCAAUUACACAUUCAUUAGGGUCUCCCUAAAAGCUGCCUAGAACACCUAUUGUUUGGUACAUUUCUUAUUCUUCACAAAAAGGGUUUUUUUUUUUUCCUUUAUGGUUUCUGAUGCAAUACUUGCCUUUUUUUAAUCCUUUGUAAAGCUAUUAUGGUGCUUCCCACUUACACUUGAAUUGAAUUACUUUUGCAAAGGAUUAAACUCACCUAUUGCUAUUGCUCCCACGUUGUUGUAGCCCUAACCAUGAAGAAAUGCUAAGAAAGUUCGAAAGAUAAGAGUGUAUGUGUAUUCAUACUGAGAUUGUUUAACGAAUAGUAAAAAUCUAUGGUUGGUUUGAUAAUGUUUUUGUUCGUUUGUCUUGUUUUGAAUCUCUGUUCUCAGGAAAAUCUCUAGCAAGAAAUUCUUAGUGAAUAUAUUUAACAAACCCUGAAAACGUUACCUUGUUUGACAAUCUUUUUAUUCAUUCAUUGCUUUUUAUACCUCAUUUGAUAUAUAUA